AUGUCUUCUCAACAUUCAGAUCGAACUUCUCAAAAAGUUUCAUCAUCAAUGAAUUCAAAUUACACAAGUAGAAUUCUAACAAUAAUCCAAGAUCAAAAUAAAAAAAAACUUCCAACAUUAAUUCUUAAAUUACAAAAACGAGUAUCAUCUGAUGGUAAACCAAUCAUCAAUUGGAUUCGUGAUAAAAUUUCAAAAUUUAAAGUAUCAGAUGAUGUAAUUGAACAAUAUGUCAUAGAUAAUUUGGAAAGUCUUAAACGUGAAUUAUUGGAAAAUAUUGACAAUUUUCAACAACUGAUACUUUCAGCAAGACCAGAUUCUCCAAUAGAAAGUCAAGAUCCAAAAAGCUAUCAAAGUCGUAUGGAGAAUUAUAGAGAAUUAUUAAAAUUAGGUACUGAAAUUGCGAAACAGAUGGAAAAAUCAUUAAAUGAUAUAUUAAAGCAAUAUGAACAAUAUAUUGAAGAUCUUUGGAAAGCAAUCUGUGAAAAACAAGAUGUACAAUCUAUACAAACACAAUUCGAUCAAGCUAUAAAUCAAAAUAUGAAUCAAUAUUGGAAACCUAUAUUUGAUUGUGCUGAUGAUUUGAUUAAAAAGAUGAAUGAACAGGCUCCUUCUGAAAAUAUUCAAUAA